AUGAAAUCAUUUUCGACGCUUCUUCUUGCGCUGUGUAGCCUUCGGCAGGUGCAGGCUUUCAGGCAUAACAAUUUACAAGUACUCGCCGGAGUGCAUGUCGUCUACUCUUACUCUGGCACGACACCACCCGCUGAAUUGACGACCCUCAUCGAAGAAGGACUGGUCGGCGGAGUCAUACUAUUUGGUAACAAUGUGAACAGCAGCCUUCCAGCCAUUAUCGAAUCGUGGCAGACAGCAUACGCCAACAGUCCAGCUUACAUUGGAUCUCCCUUGCUGAUAAUGACAGACCAAGAAGGUGGAAAGGUUCGUCGACUACCUGGAGGACCAACGGAGUCUGAGAAAGCCAUUGGAGAAUCAUCCGAUCCAGAGCAAGCAGCAUCCCAAGCCGGAUCUGAUGCCGCAGCGGCUUUGGGCGCAUAUAAUAUGAAUACAAAUCUUGCUCCUGUGCUGGAUGUCUUUCGCACGCCAGGAGACUUUGAUGACCAGUACCAAAGAUCGUAUAGCGAUAAUGCAACUUUGGCGGGUAUUUGUGGUGCUGCAUUUACAGCCGCACAGCAGGCUGCGGGAUACAUUGCAACAGCAAAGCACUUUCCAGGUUUAGGAAGUGCGUCUGCUGAUGAAAAUACCGAUGAGGUUCCUGUUACACUGAAUGUUACCAUCGAUGAAAUUAGGUCUAUUGACGAGAUGCCCUAUCACAACGCUAUUGCAGCUGGUAUUGACAUGGUCAUGCCGUCUUGGGCCUUGUAUCCUGACUUUGACGAUGAGUAUCCUUCAGGUCUUAGCGAAAAAUGGUUGAAACAGGAGCUUCGUGGUCGAUUGGGAUUUCGGGGCGUUACCAUCAGCGACGCGAUCGAAGCUGGUGCCUUGACAGCGUUUGGCUCAGACUCGGACCGUGCGGUGCUAGCAAGUGGUGCUGGCAUGGAUAUCAUCCUUGCUGCCGCCCAGAAUGUUACUCAGGGUCAGACAAUUGUCCAGGCUCUAGUGGAUGCGUUGAACAGCAGAACUCUGGAUAGGGCAGAAUUUGACGAAGGAACGCGGAGGAUACUCGCACUCCGCAAUAAGAUAUCUGCAUGA